UGUGAAGAAGUAUGGGAAUGUUAUCAGUCUGGAUUUUGGAACCAUGUCUUCAGUGAUUGUAACCAGUCUACCUUUAAUCAAAGAAGCCUUUACUCACCUCGAAGAAAAUUUUAUGAGUCGCCCUCGAUUUCCAUUGCAAAAUCUUAUCUUUAAUGAAAAUGGACUGAUCUUCUCCAGUGGUCAGACAUGGAAGGAGCAAAGAAGGUUCGCUCUGAUGACUCUGAGGAACUUUGGGUUGGGAAAGAAGAGCUUAGAGCAUCGCAUGCAGGAGGAGGCCCAUCACCUUGUGCAGGUCAUAAAAGAAGAGAAAUCCUUUCGACCCUCACUCAAGAUCAACAAUGCUGUUUCCAGUAUCAUUUGCUCCAUCACCUUUGGGGAGCGUUUUGAGUACCGUGACAGUCAGUUUCAGGAGCUUCUGAGGUUACUGGAUGAGACCAUGUAUUUGAGUUCCUCAAAGAUGGUCCGGCUCUAUAACAUCUUCCCAUAGAUAAUGAAACAUCUUCCUGGAUCACACCAAACAGCAUUAGCCUCCUGGAGACAACUGAAAUCAUAUAUUUCUGAUAUAGUUGAAAAUCACCGCAGAGACUGGAACCCUGAUGAGCCGAGAGACUUCAUUGAUGCUUUCCUCAUGGAAAUGACAAAGAUGGGGAAGACACACCCCGACAAAACUACUACAAGUUUCAAUAAAGAAAACCUCAUCUGCAGCACUCUAGACCUCUUUGCUGGAACAGAAACAACGUCCAUGACCCUGCGCUGUGCUCUGCUCUACAUGGCUCUCUACCCAGAAAUCCAAGCCUCCCAUUUCCUUGAACAAAAAGUCCACGCUGAAAUUGACAGAGUGAUUGGCCAGGAGAAGCAGCUCAGACUGACUGACCGAGACUCCAUGCCCUACACCAAUGCUGUUGUCCAUGAGGUCCAGAGAAUGGCAAAUAUCGUUCCUCUAAAUGUUCCCAGGGAAGUGACAGUGGACACUAUGCUGGCGGGAUUCCACCUGCCCAAGGGCUCCAUACUACAGACCAAUUUGACUGCACUGCACAUGAACCCCAACGAAUGGGCCACCCCAGAUGUCUUCAAUCCGGAGCACUUUUUGGAGAAUGGAGAGUUUAAGAAGAGAGAAUCUUUUCUGCCUUUCUCAAUGGGAAAGCGAGCUUGCCUUGGAGAACAGUUGGCCAGGUCUGAGCUCUUUAUUUUCUACACUGCUCUUGUGCAAAAAUUUACUUUCAAGCCUCCAGUCAAUGAGAAGCUGAGCCUGAAGUCUAGAUUUGGCAUGACCAUUUUUCCAGUCAGCCACAAUCUCUGCUCUGUCCCUAGACUGUGA